UGAAAAUAUAACAUGACACCGAAGUUGCAAAUUAGCAAUAACCAUGAAACUGUUGGUGGUGUUAUCCGCCCUUGUAGCGUUGUGCGCUGGAAGCGCUACUCCUGUGGUGCCAGAUGAUAACAGCCACUAUGUCGAGGGCGAAAGCCGCUAUAUCUGGAUGCCUGAUGGCGAAGGAGUACCCCAUCUAGUAGACCUGCAGGAACCAGCUAAUCAAGCUUUCUUGCGCAACAGAAAUGGCGCCAACAAUCAGUACUGGCUCUACACCAGAUUGAAUCCCACUGACCCGCAAGUAAUUGUUCAUGGGGAUGCUGACACCAUUUCGUCUUCCAACUACGUCGCCAGUAGCCCGCUGAUGGUCCUUGUCCAUGGAUGGAACGGUGAUGGAAACAGUACCAUGAACCCUACAAUCACAGAUGCCCUUUUGGCCGUUUCUGAUGCCAACGUCAUCGUUGUGGAUUGGAGUGCUCUGGCUAGCAGUCUCUACUCUACUGCCUCCGCUGGUGUUCCCAGUGUUGGGCAAUACCUUGGAAAUUUCUUGGUGUGGCUGAUCAAUACCGCUGGAGGAGACUGGGACAAUGUUCACCUAGUCGGCCACAGUCUGGGAGCUCACGCCGUCGCCGUCGCUGGCCGCAUGGCAGGCGGGUUGGCAACCCGAGUGACUGGCCUAGACCCUGCUGGUCCACUGUGGAGAGGAAACGAUGACGCCAUAAGUAGCAAUGCUGGCACCUACGUUGAAUGUAUUCACACCGACGGAGGUAUUCUCGGCCUCUUCAACCCCAGCGGCGACGCUGAUUUCUACCCUAACGGUGGCAGAAACCCCCAGCCCGGCUGCUUGAUUAGCACCUGCUCCCACAGCCGUUCCCACCAGCUCUUCGCCUCCACUGUCCGUUACAACCAUCUGAAUGGAAGUCUAUGCGACGACAUCAACCAAGCUCAAAUUAACCAGUGCUCGGGAGCCACAUUCAAAAUGGGCAACAGUGAUCUUUCAAAACAAGGAAAUGGAAUAUACGGAUUAACGACUGGCGCCUCUUGGCCUUUCUAAGGAUUUUGACUUAAUAAUCUCGUCAAUAAAUUUUUUUUUUUUUCAAAA